ACCGAGCUGCUGUAGGAGGUGCUGAGGAUGGCGGUGGCGCUGGAGGAAGUGUGGGGGCGGGUAAAGAAUGUCUGCAAGCAGAACGGCCUCCUCAUCCUGUCUGUGCUGGCCGUGGUAGUCGGCUGCCUGCUUGGCUUCUUUCUGAGGGGCAAGCAGCUCUCCGAACAGGAGGUCAAAUACUUUCAGUUUCCUGGAGAACUGCUCAUGAGGAUGUUGAAAAUGCUCAUUUUGCCGCUUGUCGUUUCCAGUUUGAUGUCAGGUCUGGCCGCUCUGGAUGCCAAAUGCUCCAGUCGACUGGGCAUCAUGACCAUCUCCUACUACCUCUGGACCACCUUUGUUGCUGUGGUGGUGGGCAUCGUCAUGGUGUACGUCAUCCACCCGGGAGGAGCUGCUCAGAAGGAGGACUCUGACGAGAGCAAGAAGCCGAUGACCAGCUCUGCCGACGCUCUGCUGGAUCUCAUUCGAAACAUGUUUCCAGCAAACUUGGUUCAGGCUACAUUUCAACAGUAUCGAACCCAGAGAUUGGCCGAAUAUAUCCCGAAACCGACAGUGGCUCAGCUCUUGGAUGAGACCACCACUCGGAAGGUCUACAUCUACGGCAUCCAGGAUGACAACGGAACAGACGUCCAGAACUUUUCCCUGGACCUCACGCCGCCGCCGGACGUCAUAAUGAAGACGUCGGCGGGUACUAGCGAGGGCAUGAACGUGCUGGGCAUUGUCAUUUUCUCUGCCACCAUGGGGAUCAUGUUGGGGAGAAUGGGGCCCAAUGGAAGCGCUUUGGUCAACUUCUGUCAGAGUUUGAAUGAAGCGGUUCUCAAGAUCGUUGCCAUUGUUAUCUGGUAUUUCCCCUUUGGUAUUGUUUUCCUGGUUGCCGGGAAGAUCUUGGAGAUGGACGAUCCGUCGGCAAUGGGGAAGAAGCUGGGCUUCUAUGCCAUCACAGUGGUAAUGGGCUUGGUGCUCCACGGGCUUUUCAUCCUGCCGGCCAUGUAUUUCUUCAUCACCAAGAAGAGCCCCAUUGUUUACAUCAGAGGAAUUUUGCAGGCCCUACUUAUUUCCCUGGCCACCUCUUCCAGCUCUGCCACGCUGCCUAUCACCUUCAAGUGCCUCCUAGAAAACAACCACAUUGACAGACGCAUCAUCCGCUUCGUGCUGCCUGUGGGGGCCACCAUCAACAUGGACGGCACCGCCCUCUACGAGGCUGUGGCGGCCAUCUUUAUAGCCCAAGUGAAUAACUACGAACUCGACUUCGGACAAAUCAUCACGAUUAGCAUUACUGCCACAGCAGCCAGUAUUGGUGCAGCUGGAAUCCCACAAGCUGGACUGGUUACCAUGGUGAUCGUGCUGACCUCUGUGGGUCUGCCUACCGAUGACAUCACUCUCAUCAUUGCUGUUGAUUGGGCUUUGGAUCGAUUCAGGACCAUGGUCAAUGUGAUGGGCGACGCCCUGGCCACAGGCAUCAUGGCUCACAUCUGCAGAAAAGAUUUCAUCAAAGAGGGCGAACAGGUGCCUCUGAUCUGCGAGACGAAGCCCAUGAUCAGCAUCCAGCAGAUGAUGACCUACCAGAACCAGAAGAACGGCUGCUACCAACCGCCUCCGCCGGGCGGCAAGCGCGAGCGCCCGUCCCCGGACGUGGCCCGCCUGAUCCAGCUGGAGGAGGGCAUUCGACCACUAGACAAGAAGAAACGCGCUCCCUCCUCUCACCACAAGAGAGGCCACAGAGACAAGGACCACUGUUCCAUUGACAUGAACGGUCUGGAGACUAACGUAUAGACCGAGCACUGGAGUGCUGGCCCGGCGGGGAAAGGACCAGCAACGCUCCUUUGGCGACGCCGCCGAGGUCACGCUGCUCCGAGCUCUCGGAAAAGAGAUUCCUGGAAAGUGAAUGAAUGCGGAGGAAAUCGAAAACAAACACUGCUUUCUCUUUUUCAGAACAGUAUUUGAAUAAUGACCUGCGUAUUUGUGAGUGUCCAUAUCCAACAUGUAUCAUUUGGUAGCAGUUGUGCAUGAUGUUGGGCUUGGGCGGACUCACUUCAAGGUUCCACUUCUAUUAAAAGGAGAAGGAAGGGAGGACAUAAAAGCUUCUAAUUAUCAAAAGCAACUCUAUCCUUCUGCGGACUGGGGAAAAAUCCACUCGAAUCAUAUUGUAUUAACCUGUUUUGGUAUCCAAAAGUAUAUUUUUAAAUGGACUUUUUGUAUAUUUCAAUCAUGCAUUCACAAACGCUGAAGCGCACAUCAACAAAAAUAAUAUAUACGCAAUACAGUACGGUGCCAAGCUCUUCGCCCACCAUACGAUUUGAUGUCUUAGCAGCGCUGUCAUGACAAAGCCCAUGUUUGAAAUCAUUCACUCUAUAGCGCACCGCAGAUAGUUUCCGAUCGCAUGACAAGUUUGUCCGCCAUCUUGGAGGGCUGGAAAAUAAGCCAGGCUUGAAACGGAAAGACUAGUAGAUGGAACUGCGUUCGGUUUUGCUCCUGUGUUUAUUUUUCUGUAAUCGGUUCAUAUCAGCUAUGUCGUAAAUGUUCCGACCUCCUGAGAUGUGCUAAAAACAAAGUUGACAGAGGAAGGAGAAACUCCGGACGCAGUGGCAAAGAUGACGCGACACGACGACAAAGUGGCUGUCGUAAACAACUACCAUGCCUACGCAAUUCUCAGCGCCUAACAGUGCGCGCAGACAAGCGGAAAUAAAACUAAACUCUUUCGCCUCACGGCAGCGUUGACUUUGCCGAGCGGAGCUUACCUUCAACGAAGUGUUCAGAACAGACGCAGAUGCAUGGGCAGCGCACCCGGGCGGAUCCGGGAAAGCCACAAUCUCGGUCUUUUCCUUGACAAUUAAACGUUCAGUCUUCUCGCCCUGAUUCCAAAUCGGUGCUACGAAACGGCGAAAUGAGACUUUGUCCCUCCCGCCUGUAUCGUUGCAGCCAAACAUUGCGUCGUUUUUCACCAUUUUUGGGACAUUGGCUGCCAGAAUGAUCUCGUUUAACGCUCAAUGUGCAGCGGGAAAACAACGCGUGGGACCUCCAACACGGCGGCCGGGGGCCUAGCCCAGAUGUGCGCCAUGUCACGGAAAAACUAAAACACUCUCUUAGAAGUGCAACACAUCAAAACUACCUUGUCGCCACAUCCGGUAUUAUGCAGCGCGGACUCGGUGCGUGAGACUUACUUGUUGAGAUAAACCCGUAUUUUAAGUAGGACUCCUGAUAUUCUCUAUUAAAAGAUGCUUUCUUUUUC